AUGCCCGACAGCAACAAGGUCAUCUCGGCCAAAGCGCGUGAACGAGGCAACGCCGAGUUUGCUCGUGGCCAUUGGAGCAAGGCCGUCAUCAGCUACAUCGGGGCCAUUGACCAUGACCCCCUCGACGACAAGCCUUGGUCUAACCGAGCCCUGGCCCAUAUCAAGUUAGAACAGUGGGAACUGGCCGAGUUUAGCGCCAGCACCGCUCUCUCCCUUGGUGCGACUGGCAAGGCUCGUUACCGUCGGGCCCUCGCUCGGCAUAAACUGGGCCACCACCAAGCGCCCAAGAGAGACCUGUCGCACCUACCGAAAUCUGAACCAAACAAGCUCGACGAAAUCCACAAGCUCCGCAUUGAAGUCGACCAAGCCAUGCUCGCCCAGCCUCCGCCAGCAGCCAUCCCCUCCGUAGCCGUGCCCAUCGACCACUCGGCGUAUCCUCAUAUCAUUGAGAGCAUCGUUUGCUAUUCCGACCCACAGACACGUAUCGCUCUUCGGCAGACGUGCAAGGCAUUGGAUAAACUCAUCCGCAAGGCCAACUGCCACCUGGACAUCGUAGCGCCGCCUGGUGCCAUCAGACAGCACAUUCAGUUCCAACCUCAGCCCAUGGGCCGGACCUUCUGCUCGUGGCGCAAGGACCAAGUCCCUCCCCGAACACCUGAGGCGGGCAAGGAAGAGACGUAUCGUCAACUGGUCAUCAACGAUUGUCGUCGCUUUGACCUGCGCGGAUUGGUCGGUACCAAACUUCUCGACCAGGCCAUGGUCAUGAGCAACACGGUCAGAAUCCGAAAGGAUCGCAAGGGACACUAUGCCAACCGCGACAUCGACUUGGCCCGGCACAGUAUGCAGACGGUCGUUGUCUUUCCCACUGCCCACCGACAGCCAAUCAAAGGACGCAGAAAGAUGGAUGGCCACCACCUCUAUCUUUCCCAAACUGUCACACGCGUGGUGUACCCCCUGGUGUGGGGAUCUGUGCAACAAGGCAUCUCAUUUGCCGUCCAUCUCCCAGCCGGAAACGGAGAGAGGGAUCCGCCCACGGCUUUUACAGCGAUGGAGACAUACGUCGACGAUGACUACAACCCCGAGCUGGACAUCGUAAUCCUUUGCCCAACUGUUGAAAGCACCCAACAGACAAUCUGGCCGACUCUUGAAUGUGGAAUCGCCAACGAGAUGUUGACCCGAAUUGACCUGGUUAUCCUCGCGGGCAUUCGCUGUGGAGCGCGUUCUGUCAAGAUUGUGAAUCUGUCCGGAAUCCUCCUAAUGCUGCUCCAUGGACGCCACGGCAAAGACGCGCCGACUCCAUCGACGCUUUGGGGAGACGAGGCCAAACGGCAAUUUCACGAAUCGCAGAUGGAGGAUCACAUCAGGAAGCAUCUCCGACUGUGUCUGAGCAUGCUGUCGGAGCAGCACCAGCAAUCCCUUCCGGACUGGAUGCGAGGUGGCGUAGCACAGUGGGUCGAAAGCCGAGUCAACAAGCUGCGGUUUCUCACCAUCAACCAAUACCGCGCCACACUCAAGCCCGGAGAGUGGGAGGAGCAGACAGUGGAGUAUUUGAAUGGUUUCAUGUAG